ACAAAACCCACAACAACACAAAAGAGGCAGAAAAGGACUACGCCGCCCCGAAUGUCUUUUGCUGAGGAUUGUGACUAUCUGGCAUAUUACUGCAUGAAGGCUUACAAAACCGGCGAGUUGUGCGGGCGGACCAUUUAUUACCGGUAUUGGAAUUUCAUCAACUACUGCAUGUUGGACUACGUCAACUGUAUGGAGCGAUAUGAAGUCUGGCAAGUGGCACACAUGGGCGAAUGCUUCAACGUAACUGCGAUGGAUGACUAUAUGCAUUACGAGUACAUGGAUGAUCGUUUCUUGGACCAGUACUACGUCAUACAACAUUAAAAACCUUCAGAGAAGACUGUAAAUAAAUGAAGUAGACUCAAGCUAUAAUUCAAAUAUGUCAACAUUUUAUGUAAAAAAUUUGAAUUCCAAGCACCCCCGGGUAGGGGACGAUUUUCAUAAAAUCUUUUCUUAAGGGAUGCCUAUAAAUAAAUUUCAACUGUCUUAUUUUGGAAUUUCUAGAUAAAUCAGUCGUACCUUUAAUUUUAUAUAUAGUUCAAAGCCAACUAACAGUUUUACUUAUAAAAAAAUCGCAAAGCUAUGCUUAGUUAAAACACAAAUUUACUCGAUCAGCUGAAGUCAAAACCCAUCUUGCCACUUAAUAAGGUUUAAACUAGGAACCGGUGAUGUU